GUGGCGAAAGUGCGGCUGCGGAAGCGCGGCGAGGCAGGCGGCUGGGACGAGGAAGCUGAGAGGCGGCGGGCCCUGCGGGGUCGGGCGGACGCCAUGGGCCGGCUGCACUGCACGCAGGACCCCGUGCCCGAGGCCGUGGGCGGCGACAUGCAGCAGCUGAAUCAGCUGGGCGCGCAGCAGUUCUCGGCCUUGACAGAAGUGCUUUUCCACUUCCUCACUGAGCCAAAAGAGGUGGAAAGGUUUCUGUCUCAGCUCUCUGAGUUUGCCACCACCAAUCAGAUCAGUCUUGGCCCUCUCAGAAGCAUCGUGAAAAGCCUCCUUCUGGUUCCAAACGGUGCGUUGAAGAAGAGUCUCACAGCGGAUCAGGUCCGGACUGAUCUCAUAACUCUUGGUCUUAGUGAGGAGAAAGCCACUUACUUUUCUGAAAAGUGGAAGCAGAGUGCCCCCACCCUUGCUCGAUGGGCCAUAGGACAAACUCUGAUGAUUAACCAGCUUGUAGAUAUGGAGUGGAAAUUUGGAGUGACAUCUGGGAGCAGUGAACUGGAGAAAGUGGGAAGUAUUUUUUUACAAUUAAAGUUGGUGGUUAAGAAAGGAAAUCAAACUGAAAAUUUGUACAUAGAAUUAACCUUGCCUCAGUUCUACAGCUUCCUGCACGAGAUGGAGCGAGUCAGAAGCAGCAUGGAGUGUUUGAGCUGAUUUCUGGCCCCUUCCCUCUUCUCUUCCAUGGGUGGCUGCUCUGAGAGGCACCUCACUCACAGGCCUGUGGGGUGCUGAUAAGGGCCCUGCUUGCUUCUUGGGAGCCCAUGUGCAAAGUUUUCUGGAAAACGACAGGAUUAAGUACUGAAGAGCCCUAUAAGAUUACUCUGAAUUCUUUGUUAAGGGAACCUCCAGCACCUGUCUCCCAGGACACUUUUUAGGUAUUCAUACAGGCUAUUAUUGCAUCUCAAAUUCAGGGGAGGAAAUAAAUGGUUACCUCCCCAUCAGAGUUCCAGAGUAAACAGAUGGUACCAUCACUCAAGAUGCACACUGGUCAUCCUUUCCUCAAAAAAGCAAGGGCUUAUUUAUGGCUGACACAUGUGGGGAGCCCCCUGCGAUCUCUAUGCACUCUGCAUUUGUGGGGUGGUGGUGCAUUGCUAAUCAGUUUUUAAUGGGAGCACCUGUGUGUAAAUACUUGCUUGGUCUGCUCUGAAAAGAACUGAGGCCAACCUCUGUCCUCAUUUUGGGUUGUGCCCUGUUGUGUUGUAAUGAGGCUAUUUUAGCUUGUUUUGGUUCAAGCUGACCUCUGUUGGUUAGACAAUGAAUAAAAAAAGCUUCUAAAGAAAA